UCACCAGGACUGUCUCCCUCCAGGCUGUUCCUUUCCCCCCACCCCCCACCCUUUAUUGUGCAAGUCACUGGCACUGGGAGAAACUUAUUCACACUGCUGGCAUGAAGUGGGGGGCAUGGAGGGAUUAAAGAGGUCCCUUCUCCUGGAAAUUCUCACCGGGCUGGGACACGACGAGCUCCAGCGACUUAAGGAUGGGCUGGGUGAAGUUCAGCUGAAGGAGGGGCAGGAACGUGUCCCCUCAGAGAGGCUACAAGAUGCUUCUCCAGCCCGGCUUGUGGACCUGCUCAUCAGCUUCUAUGGGGAGCAUGAGGGUGCAGAGGUGACUGCAGAUGCCCUGAGAGCCAUGGGCCAGGGAGCCCUAGCAGAGAGACUCAUGGAGACCCCACAAGCUGAUAAUGAUUUAAUUGACACGGAGGAAUGUACUCUUCAGAUAUCCAAUAAAAAGUCAGGCUAUAAAUCUCUCCUUUUACCUAUGGUGGAACAACGGAAACUUAUUCAGAUCGCUGACUGCAGUGUGACACUUCCAGACUAUAACUGUUUCCUUUUACCUAUGAUGGAACAACGGAAACUUAUUCAGAUCGCUGACUGCAGUAUGACACUUCCAGACAAUGAUCUUCCAACUAGGAUACGUGCGUCUGCUUGUGAGAUGCCUAUUAUUCUCUCCACUGAAGAUUCAGGCCAUUGUCUUCCACCUCCCAUAGAUGUGAGUGCCUCUGAGAUGAUGUCUACUACUGAUUCCUACAAAGAUUCAGUGAGACAAGAGGAUGGGGCUGGAGUAGGUUCUAAUACAGGCCAGAGGAGAAAGCUCAUGUGCCAAUUAUGUCAGACAGAGGAGGAUAUUUUUGAAGAAGUAAAGCCAGAAAUUGUUCCAGGUUCAAAGAGGUAUCAGCAUACAUACAGGGUUCAUUUCUCCAGGACAGGUUCAUACCGAUGUUCGGAAACAGCUCUGGGCUUCGAGGUGAGGGCAUCGGUGGCUAUUGAGUACAAAUGGGAAUCCUGGAAGCAGCAUCUGAAUCCACAUCAGCUGCAGGGAUGGGAUGUUGCUGGCCCCUUGUUCAGCAUCCAAGUGGAGCCAGCUGGGGCCAUAGCAGCCAUUCACCUCCCGCAUGUCGUGUGCCUCAAAGGUGGAGAGGUUGACAUUUCCCUCAUGUAUGUUGCUCACAUCGUUAAUGGGGAGCUGACCCUGGAGAAGCCGACGAGAGUAAAGCCAUUCUAUGCUGUGCUGGAGAACCCCAGCUUCUCCUGCCUGGGCCUCAUUUUCAGAUAUUUAUUUAAGCAUAUUCCAGUCCACUCCAAGGUGCUGCUGUAUCAUGCUGCCAUGAGUGCCCCCACAACCCUGCACGUCUAUGUGAUUCCCUGUGAUGAUUCACUAGAAAAGGCUGUGGAAGAACAUGAGGAGAAGCACAAUGCAGUGCUCCUAAACAAGCCUCCUCAGAUGGAUGAAGCCCUGUACGUUGACAGAAAUUACUCCGUGGCCAGUUCUCCAAACACAGAGAUACUACCUAAGAAACUCAAGUUCUGUUAUCCAAGCCAAGAGAAGUGGCAGCCCUUCAUUGAAGUCUAUACCAGGGACAUGGAGAUGGGCAUCAAGCUCCAUAUCACAGAAGUUUCUUCUACUGAAAUUCUCUGGGAGACCACAGUGAGAGUAGAGGAUGUCCAGCGAGCCCGCUCACCACCUGAGGAACAAGCAGAUCUACAUUUCAUUGACAAACAACGAAAGCAGCUGAUCCAGCGCGUCACCGGCAUGGAUGCCCUCCUGGACAAUCUCUACGGGCUCCUUUUAGAUGAGGAGCAGUACCAGAGAAUCAGGGCUGAGGCCACCAACCAGGAGAAGAUGCGCAGGUUGUAUGACCUGGUGCCCAGCUGGGACAGGGCAUGCAAGGACCGCCUCUACAAGGCCUUGAAGGUCCAACACAAGCACCUUGUGGCAGAACUGGAGAGGCAAUGAAGUCGCAUGCAUUUGUGGCUGCAUUAUGUGCUGGUACCUGGAGACUCUGGGAGGGUAUCACCAGCAUGCUGGGUGCUAGGGGUGGGCUUGGUGCUAGGGGUAAGGGGAUUUUUUUUUGUGUUCUUUAUAUCUAUUUUCUUUUUGAGAUGCAUGGGAGGUCUGUGAUUUUGUGAACAGGCAUACACAAGGGACUCACACAAGGUCUAGUUCAGGUAAUGUGGAAGUGGGGAGUGGAGCUGUGCUGUAGGCACUGGGAGGAUCUGUAAUGGUGGGGAAGCAUGACAGAUUCAGGCCAUGUUUCUGGUAUCUGAUGCCCUCACUGGUCAGACCUGCCUGCCCAUUCUCCCCAACCUCCCUUUACCUCCUAUCUCUCACCUUCCAUAAUUCAAUCUUACAGUAUUUACCUGGGGAGUCCACCUCCAGAGACUGGGAUAGCCUUUGGUUGGGUGCCUUUCCUCUGUGUACAGCCCUGGGGGCUUCUGUCUCCAAGCUCCAUAGGGUGGGUUUCCCCUUUAAGGCAGCCCCAGUUGUGCCUUAGGAACAAUAAUUGUGACCUCCAGACCCCCAUCAUCACACCUCUCAAAUGUUACUCAGUUUUUGGGGAAGUCUUUGGUCCUGACUCUGCACUCAUCCCCUCAUGACUCAAAUCUUUGUUGAGGCUUCCAUUUCCCUGGCUUCAGCCCCCUUUUUCUUUGCCUGCCCCCACCCUAGCCCAAGGUCCAGUGUACUAGACCUCAGCUUCUGGGCCCCAGUCCUGGCCUCAUUGUGUAUGGUGAGAUCAUUUGCUUGCUUGCUUUCUAUAAUUGUCAUAUGCUGCUACUGUGCAUCAAUAAAGGUCUCCAAAUUAUCAA